AUGUCUGCCCCAGAAACCGCUACCAGAUUCGCCCCUUCUGACCGUGCCUCUGUUGCCGGAGGACAACUCGUCGGCCAAUCCCGCCAGGGAGCUGUUGCACCCAAGGCAGCCGUGAAGCUGCGCUUGGAUCUUAACCUCGAGGUUGAGAUCGCCAUCCAGGCCAAGGUCAACGGCGACAUCACCUUGUCACUCCUUAAAUGCUCUGCAAAAAUGAAGAGGUGGAUUCGGAAUGCAGCUGUUGGUUUUGGGUAA